GGUGUUUGGGGAUCCACCUAUUUACUUGGCAAGGCAACCUGGCAGGGGAGAGAUGGAAAGUGAUCUUUGGUCGGCAGAACAUGAAGACCAAGGUGACAAUCUAUGCGAAAGCAGUCAUGGUGAGUCGUAUGAGCAGCUUCCAGACAUAGCUCGCUUGCGGAUCUCCUCUACCAUGGGCGAUAUGGAGCAUUAUACCUAUGAAGAUUGCAGCCCAAGUGAAUUUGUUAUGAUGUGCGACUUUGUGGCUGCUGAGGAAACACAGUUAAGUGUUUCUUGUGGGGACCGGGUUCUCCUCCUGUCUGCAGUGACGUCGGAUUGGUGCUGGGUUGAACAUAAUGGUAAUUGCGGGUAUGUGCCAGCCAGUCAUUUGCACAGAGUAAAUGAUGAAGAAGACACAGAAGACGAUGACCCUUGGCAGGAUGAGGAGUAUUAUGGGAGCUACAAGACUUUGAAACUACACUUGGAAAUGCUGUCUGACCAACCUCGUACCCAGACAUACAGAAAUGUUAUACUACAAAACAAAUCAGCACUGAAAGGGAAGCGAAUCCUGGAUCUGGGAUGUGGAACCGGAAUAAUAAGUUUUUUCUGUGCACAGCUGGCACAACCAGAUGUUGUGUAUGCGGUAGAAGCGAGUGAUAUUGCUGAACAAACAAGGAGAUUAGCGGAAGAAAAUGGACUCUUGGGGAUCGUUCAGGUUAUACAUCAGAGGGCAGAAGAGCUGACGUUACCUUCCAAGGUGGAUGUCCUUGUGUCUGAGUGGAUGGGAACCUGUCUGGUGUUUGAAUUCAUGUUGGAAUCCGUUCUUCUAGCUCGUGACCUGUGGCUGGAUGAAGGUGGAAUAAUGUGGCCAAGUACUGCAUCUAUUCACAUGGUUCCGUGCAGUGCAGAGAAGGAAUAUGCCACCAAAGUUCUCUUCUGGGACUCUGCCUAUGGGCUGGACUUCAAGGUGUUAAAGCCUAUGGCUGUAAAAGAGUUCCUAUCAAAACCAAAACCUGACUAUGUUCUAAACCCUGAGGACUGUCUGUCUGAGCCCUGCGUCUUGCUGGAUGUAGAUAUGAAGACUCUGAAAAUUGAAGAGCUGGAGAGACUGAGCGGUCCCUUUACAUUCUGUGUGAAGCGUGAUGGCAUGCUCCAUGGUUUUACUACUUGGUUCAGUGUCCAGUUCCAGAACAUUGAGAACCAGGGGCACGUGGAACUGAAUACAGGUCCUUUCAACCUGCUCACUCAUUGGAAACACACACUGUUUAUGCUGGAUGAACCUAUACAGAUUCACAGAGGAGACCGGAUUGAGGGCUCUGCAGAAUUUUCCAGGGAUCCCUUUUGGAGACGCCACUUAUCGGUCACACUCAACUGGUCGGUUACUGGGGAGUCAGCGACAACGGCACACAAUGUUGGCUGCAAGGUAUUUCCAAUAUGGAGAUGAAUUGUGUUCCAUGAGGAGAACUGCUGAAGUUGUUUAAACAGAAGACACAAGCGACACUACACCGUAUUUUACUUACAUUUAACAUGUAUUACCUGGCAGCAAAGGUGACAAACAAUUUGUAAUUGA